UUGUUUCAUCAAGUCAGUAGUACUCUCUUUCAUUUCUGUGAUUCUUCUUUAUAGUGGUAAGCAGGGUUAAGUCUUGCAAGAGCACUAUGGGCAUCACCAACUCGAGCACUAUAGACCUGACAUAUGAAGAUUCUAACUAUUCUGGCAAUUUUGAUUAUUAUGAUUAUUUCUAUGAAGAUGAAUGUCAGGAUUGUUCUAAUGCAGAGCUGAGGAAAUCUACAAUAGUGUUUUCUCUGGUCUUCUUCUACCUGACCUUGAUCCUCGGUGUUCCUGGAAAUGCCUUUGUUGUGUAUGUUGCUGGAUUGAAGAUGAAGAGGACUGUUAAUACAGUAGGGUUUCUCAAUCUAGCGAUUGCCGACCUCUUCUGCUGCCUUUCCACUCUUUACUAUGUGGCAGAGAACUCUCUCGAAGAAAACUGGCCGUAUGAAUCUGUCUUCGUGUGCAAGAUUCUCCCCUUCGUUAUGCUCAUCACCAUGUUUGCCAGUGUUUUCACCUUCACCUUGAUUAGUUUGGAUCGGUUUACUCUGGUGAUCACACCGGUUUGGGCUCAGAAUCAUCGCAGCCUGUUCAUCGCACGACUGUCCUGUGCAGGGGCCUGGAUUCUGGCUUUAAUUCUCAGUCUGCCUUUUAUGAUGUUAAGAGAGACUAAAACAGAAGAUAACAAAAAGCACUGCAAAUUUUAUAAAUUUGAUGAAGAGCAAAUGCAAACAUUAAGCGUUAUCAGUUUUUUGUUUGGCUAUUUGAUUCCUCUCAUAUGCAUCACAACAUGCUACGGAUUCAUCGCACGCAAGUUAGGCAGGAGACAUUUUCACUCUGGACGAGCAUUUUGCAUCAUGCUGGCUGUAAUUGUGGCCUUUUUUCUGUGCUGGUUGCCAUUUCACAUAGUGCAUUUGAUAAUAAUAUACGGAGAGAAAUCAAGUUCCUUGGUAGCUUUGGCACUGGAUCCACUGGCCGUCUCUUUGGCGUAUUUCAACAGCUGUCUGAACCUCAUUCUGUAUGUUUUCAUGGGGCAGGAUUUUAAGAGCAUCGUUAAACUUUCUCUAAGACGUGUUUUUGAAAGAGUUUUCUCUGAGGAGGGAACACAAAUGACACGAACCACCAGUGGCGGAGCUAAAGUUUUAUAGAUGGAGUGGCCAAGGCUAAUUCAGGGGGUCCAUAGACCAUGACAGAAAAUCAGUGUAUUGCUCCAACCUGGCAUAUAAAAAAGCACGAAUAAAUCCUAUGAUUGCUGAUUACUUCACAUUAUACCCCACAUUAGCUAAACAAACUGUAACAUCAAAUGUUAGUCUAUUGAAACUUAUUUCUCUUACUUCAUUAACCAGUGGUUUGGAGCUAUUAACUUGUAGGAUACAUUAACUUGUAACAUGUAGGCUACAGUGAUUUUUGUAAAUGUUGUUCAGAAAAACCUAAAACUUCAAUUAGUUCAAGCAGGACUGCCAUCGUUUGAGUUCAGCCUAGACUGAGAAUUAUUCAGGAAUAAUGAACAAGCCUGCAAUUAAGUACAUUACCAGUCAAAAGUUUUUGAACAGUAAGAUUUUUUAU